CAGCUCGCUAGAAUUCAAUAGACAUCAGUUGACAAGAGAUUGACAACAGCUCGAUUGUCAUUGUUGUGCUAUAACAACAUAUUGCCGAAGGUCUUAUCGCCAGGGAGAUCUCGUUGGUGUUAUCGAAAAAGAUGCUGGUAGAGACAAUAGGAACAGGACGAGUGUACACCUAACCCUACAAUAUGGAAUUCGCGGAGCUAAUCCUUGCGCCCAAGGUGGAUAAUGUCAUCUUGCGUGGCCCGUUCAAGAUGAUGGUCGAAGGAACCCUUUGCACCACGGGUCACCACCUUAUUCUGAGUGGGCGGAAAGAGGGAAGCCAAGAGCUUUGGAUUCUCCACAAGAAUAUCGAUUAUAUUGAGCGGAGGCCGACCGUGGAAAACAACAUUGUUACUGGCGGGGUCAUAGUACUGAAGUGUAAGGACCUGCGGAUGAUCUCACUGGAGAUCCGUUCGCCGAGUCAGUUCAACAACGUUGCUACGUCGAUCGAACGGCUGUAUGCCUUGGAGCGCGUCACCCAACAGUAUCCCUUCUUCUACAGGCCCAUGUACACCAUCCUCGAGGACGGCUACACGAUUUUCAGGCCAGAGUCUGAAUUUGCCAAGUUGUUGGCGGGUGAAGACUGGAGGAUAACCAACGUGAACAAGGACUUCGAUGUCUGCCCCUCUUAUGGGCCCGUGCUAAUAGUUCCGAAGGCCAUCACGGACGAGCAAAUAAUACAAUCAGCAGGCUUCCGCGAUGGCGGCCGCUUCCCGAUCCUGAGUUACAGGCAUGAAAAUGGGGCAGUUUUAAUGCGAAGCGCACAGCCUUUAACUGGACCGAGUAUAAAACGCUGCCGAGCAGAUGAGGCUAUUUUGAAUGGACUGCUGAUUCGGAGUACAAAAGGUUUUAUAGUAGAUACAUGGGGUAAAGGCAAAUCCAAUACGGAAGUAGAUCAACACUACUCGUUAUGGAAAAAAGUAAAUCGGUCAAUUGGGAAUGUUUCUUCUCCUUCGUCAAUAUUAGAUAGUUUUUCCAAAUUAAUGGAAGCUUGUAACGAUACAAAUUGCUCCACUGAUAAAUGGCUGUCUAGAUUAGAUAAUUCUGGCUGGUUAUCAUUAGUAUUAAACUCUUUAAACGCCGCCUGUGUUGUAGCUCAGUGUUUAGAUCAAGAAGGCAGUCCUGUUCUGAUCCAUGGUGCUAAAGGACUCGAUUCUACGCUUAUAGUCACUUCACUAGUACAAAUUAUAUUGAAUCCUGACUGUCGAACAGUUAGAGGAAUUCAAGCCCUUAUAGAACGUGAGUGGAUACAAGCUGGGCACCCAUUUGCAACCCGACAUCGAUAUGGUUGCUAUGCACCCUCUCAAAGUCGACCUAAAACGGCAGGUGCAUCUUUUCUUCUUUUCCUCGAUUGCAUUUAUCAAUUGCACUAUCAGUUCCCAUGUAGCUUUGAAUUUUGCUCUCAGCUGCUAAUUGAUUUGUUUGAGCAUAGUUACUGCAGUCAAUAUGGCACAUUCCUGUGUGAUUCAGAAAAGGAGCGGGUAGCAGCGCAAGUUUACAGGCGAACUACGAGUUUGUGGUCAUAUUUAAACAGGCCGGAAAUAUUGGAUACACUAUUGAAUCCGCUUUAUGAUCCCAAUCCAAACGUGAUUUGGCCAUCAGUAGCUCCUAUAAGCAUAGAGGUUUGGAACGAACUUUACCUACGUUGGCAAAUAGAUCAGACGAAUGCUAAAGAAAAUAGAGAAAGGAUAAAGGCGUUAGUGACACAGGAAAAAGAGCUGAGGAGUGUGGUAUUAAAACUACGGAAGCAAGCAGCAGACUUAGAAAAGGAACUGUUGGAGCGGCUAAAGUUGGAGAAAGAAUCGGAACAAGCAGAACAUGAUGAGAAAAAUAGAGAAGCGAUCAAAUUAGAAGACCAUGAAGAAGAAAAAAUCAAAAACAAUCAACAGUCUACUGCAUUACCACUUGAAUGAGUUAUUGUAAUGGGGCAAAGUCAAUUUGUACAUUAUUUUAGGAGGCCGCAUGCCUUCAUCUCGAGAAUGAGAGCGGAAGACGAUAUUUCACUUCGGAAUAGAAGCUUGUAUUGCACAGCGAAAAACAAUGCAAUAAGUCUGCAUAUUUCAUAUUCUUUCUUUAACUUUUACGUUUUUAUUGUCUAUGAGAGAAAUAGUUCUGCACCGGAUUUCUAUUUCGAUUAGACGGGCUUACAACCCCCCUUUCAAAGGACAACGGUGGAUGAUUUUAAGUUGACAUAAUGAAAUGUACCAAACGCAUUGCUAAUAAUCAAUGGAAACCUUAACCAAUAUACAAUCAUCAUUUCACUGUCAAUUACAUUUUGCAUUUGCACAUUAUUCGUUUCAAGGUUCAAUAAAAGUUUAUUUGUACUCUCUACCAAA